AGAGAUGCAGUCGUGGGAAGGUGAGCGGAGACUGGAGUUCGAAGCGCGGCCCCUGUGAGGUGAGAAUCAUGUGUGCUCAAUACUGCAUCUCCUUUGCUGAUGUUGAAAAGGCUCAUACCAACAUUCAAGAUUUUAUCCACAUUACACCAGUCCUAACAAGCUCCAUUUUGAAUCAACUGGCAGGGCGCAAUCUUUUCUUCAAAUGUGAACUCUUCCAGAAAACUGGAUCUUUUAAGAUUCGUGGUGCCCUUAAUGCAAUUAGAGGCUUGAUUCCUGCCACUUCAGAAGGGAAGAGGCCCAAAGCUGUUGUUACUCACAGCAGUGGAAACCAUGGCCAGGCUCUCACCUAUGCUGCCAAAUUGGAAGGAAUUCCUGCUUAUAUUGUGGUGCCCCACACAGCUCCCAACUGUAAAAAACUGGCAAUCCAGGCCUAUGGAGCCUCUAUAGUAUACUGUGAACAGAGUGAUGAGUCCAGAGAAAAUGUUACAAAAAGAAUUGUGGAAGAAACAGAAGGCAUCAUGAUACAUCCCAACCAGGAACCUGCAGUGAUAGCUGGGCAAGGGACCAUUGCCCUGGAAGUGCUGAACCAGGUUCCCUUGGUGGAUGCAGUAGUGGUACCUGUAGGGGGAGGAGGAAUAGCUGCUGGAAUAGCAAUUACAGUUAAGGCUCUGAGACCUAAUGUCAAAGUAUAUGCUGCUGAACCCCUGAAUGCAGAUGACUGCUACCAGUCCAAACUGAAAGGGGACCUGACCCCCAACCCUUAUCCUCCAGAAACCAUAGCAGAUGGUGUCAAAUCCAGCAUUGGAUUAAAUACCUGGCCUAUUAUAAGAGACCUUGUGGAUGAUGUCUUCACUGUCACAGAGGAUGAAAUUAAGUAUGCAACCCAGCUGGUGUGGGAGAGGAUGAAACUACUCAUUGAACCUACAGCUGGUGUCGGAGUGGCUGCUGUGCUGUCUCAGCAUUUUCAAACUGUGUCCCCAGAUGUAAAGAACAUUUGUAUUGUGCUCAGUGGUGGAAAUGUAGACUUAUCCUCCCUAACUUGGGUGAAACAAGCUGAAAGGCCUUGUCAAUCUGUUCCCAUUUAA